AGCGUGUUGGUGGAACGACGGUCGUUUGAACGGUUCAAGUGUUGCAUAUAGACUUUUGUGGUCACUGGUGGCGACCGCGCCUAUUUUGCCAAAUAAAAUACUCGAAAGCGUGCGAAUUGCGCGCGAGCGGCGCGUUAAAAGUGCGCACACGCCGGAAUGAAAGUGAAAAGUGUGUGAAAAUCGCGGAAUUUAUGUGGAAAAAUCAAAAAAUUAAUUGUAACUAAUUGCAAGCGCAGCGCUACGUUAAAGUGAAUGUUAGAGCGCGCGACGUGCCAAACGCUGUGAAAACCAAAAGCUUAUAUGAAAAUUAGCUUCAAAAAAAUUCAAAAAAAAUGUAAAAAAAAUUAAACAAACAAAAACAACCAAAAAUGUGCACUCAAGUGAAUCAUGCGCCCAUAAAGAGGACGACGCUUACGAAUAUGCGCUGGCAGCAAGUGUAAAAAAUGCAAAUAAAUUAUUACAGCAAUAAAAUUCCAAGAAGUGAGCGCAAAUUUAGUGCAAUAAAGCAAUAAUAAAAACAACAAAGUCAGUCAUAAGCUACCGCAUACUGCAUAAGUGAAAAUUUGCAACAAAAAAUACAAACAAAAUAUUCAUAUACAACAUAAAGUUAUAACAACAACAACAGAAAUGUGCGCUGCUACACGCAGCAAACACGUACACAGCGCGCUCAUGCCACCACACCGCGCGCAACACAAUGCGCGUCCACCUGGUUACGCGAAGCGACACCACAGUGGACAACAACAACAUGCCACACUGCCUGCAACGCUGACUUCCUGCCACUGCGCCACCCUAACAGCAUUUAGCAUUGUUGCACUGUUGUGUGCAGGCGCCGCGGCACAGUUGCAAGGCAACACGCUUGACGGACGCGGCGCUGACGCUGCCAGUGAUGUGAGCGGUGAACUCGAAUUCGCAAGUCUCGAUGGCGCCGGCACACAACUACUCACACCACUGCAGCCAGCGCCAAGCACAGUGGCGCCGCAGUGGCCUUUAAGGGUGGUGGAUAUAGUGGAACCUGCGCCAGCGCAGCCAGUGAUGUCAUCGCAGCCAGCCCUCUCGGCCAGCAGUUACACUGAGCUGCAGGGUGGUGAAAUCACCGGCGAACGGACAUUGCGUUACAGUGAGAGUCCUUUUGUGGCGCGCCAGCACAUCGAGGUGGCCAAGGGCGCGCGUCUGAUCAUCGAGCCGGGUGUGCGUGUGGAAUUUGCGCCGACUGUGGGCAUAACUGUGCGGGGCAUACUGCAUGCAGUGGGAACACCAACAUCACGCAUCACAUUAACAGCACAAGCGAAACCCAUGGCUACCCAGACAGAUAUCAUAGAUGCAGAGGUACGAGGCGCACGCUUAGUCGAUGGACCAACGCCUUUAGAAGGACGCCUACAGCUCUAUCACAAAGGCUCAUGGCGCGAUGUCUGCACAAAUUCGAGAAAUUGGACGCUCGUGGACUACGCGGUCGCGUGUCGUCAAAUGGGUUAUGCUGGCGGACGAUUUUGGAAUUGGGUUGAACGCACACCAGGCUAUCACCCACGUUUGCUCUACGAACAGCCGCGUUGUAAAGGUGGUGAGAACUCGCUGCUGAAUUGCGCCUGGGCAACGCGGCAGCUGGGCUCUGGUGUAUGCGACUACCACAAUGAUAUCGGCAUACAAUGUCGACCGUUGUACAAUGCACCACUCGAUAAUUGGCGUGGACUUUAUUUUCACAACGCGCCUUCCACUAAAACGCUCGGCUAUAACAAUAUCGUUUACACAGCCUUAUCACAGUCCACAUUACGUUAUGUCGAUAUCAAGCAUGCCGGUGUUGGUCGAGACUAUAGCGUCAAGUCCGCCUUGGAAGCUAUUGGACUGCCGCCUGUGUUGCAACAUGUAGUAAUCAGUCAUUCGGCUUACACCGGUUUCAAUGCGACCUUGCCGCAGGGAGGUUUCGUCUUGCAGAAUGUGACUGUGCAGAAAAAUAAUGGUAUUGGUGUGUUUGUGAACUCCAGUCAGGGUAUGGUACAGUUGGACGGUUGCAAUAUUGUGGGUAACAUAGCGGAUGGUGUCAAGUAUGUGGGACAUGAUUUGCGUGCGAAUGAGCGUAUGGAUCGUGCGACCAUUUAUGAUUUUUGCACAUUGCCUACAACCUCCGGGCAGACUUAUCCCAUCUCGUUGUCCUUCACGCAAAAAUACUAUGCCGGCUCGGAGAAAGUGUGCGGUAAAUACUUCUUCACACGUCCCGGAUAUUUGCUUACGGUGCACUUUGAGUCCUUUGUGUUGCGCAACAAUGAGACCGCCACAGUGGAGAUCUUCGACGGUACUUCGGAGACGGAUCGGGUGCUAUUUGCGUGGAAAGCGCGUAACUACACGCGUCCUCAGAGUGUGACGAGCAAUCGCGAGAAGCUCUUCAUGCGUAUACAGGCAGACGCGCGUCAGGAAGUGAAUGGCUUUAUACGAAUUACCACAGAUGAUACACGAGCAUAUGAUUUACGUAUUGCGAACUCGGUAGUCGAGGAUAAUGGCGGACGUGGUAUUGCCAUCGAUAAUAUACGUUCCAAACUGCAUGUGCAUGGUAGCUUCGUCUCGGGCAAUGGACAUGUGUCGGGUGUGCAUGUAACCAGCGGCGCUGGAGACGUGAAUAUCACGAGCAGUAACAUAACAUUCAAUCAGGGUGGCGGUGUAAACAUCACCUAUUAUGGCGGCAAUCGUAAUAUAUCACGUAGCGCAAUACAAGCGAAUAAAGGUUAUGGCUUGGCAGUUUGGCUAAACGAUACCAGCGCACCGGACCGUGUAGAAUAUAUACCUUUCAACCAAACGACGACAGUGGAAUACUCACAAAUCGGUGGAAAUUUGGAGACAGGGGUCUUGCACGGGAACUAUUGUCUACCCAUUUGGGUCAACAUCACAGGAAACAACUUUAACGGUAGUCUAAAUAACGAUGUGCUGGUGGAGUCCUGCUGGCGUUUCACUGCCAACAAACAGCCGAAUAUGCAAUUACAAAUCGGACACAAUACCUUCGACUAUAGCCAGAAAAACUCGAUCUUUCUCAGCCCUGCACUCAAUCUACAAGGCAAAAUCGAGUUCAAUCACUUUCGCAUGGGUUCUUAUGGUGCAAUUUAUAUACGCAAUGACUAUAUCUUUCAGGAGUUCAACUUCAUGCCUGUCCGUCUGCUGAUACAAAGUAACUUCUUUCGACGUAACAGCGGCGUUUAUGUGGUAUCAUUGGGUCUAUCGCCCUACAGCACACACGAGCUGCAGUCGUUGCUGUUCACACGCAAUUUCGUGCGUGAUAACAAGAUCUCAGAACCGUUUGGGCCGCUGAUCGAGGGUAGUGAGGGUAGCGAUGGCUCGGGACGCCUCAAUCCACGUUGCCGUGUCGCUGCUGCUGUUGUGGUUGCUUCCAGCAAUGUGGACAUCUUCCGCAACAUACUACACAACUUGGACUCUGCCUACGAGGUGGGCUCACAGCUGAGUGAUCAGAGUCAGAUAAUCAACGCCACCUAUAAUUGGUUGGGUCACUCGGAUGAGAAUAAGAUAUUUGCGCGUCUCUUUCAUCGCAACAAUCGUUAUAAUUUGGCUAAGAUACAGUAUAUACCCUACCUGUUACAUAGCUCCAAUCCUGGCUCGACGACAAUGAUCACAAUGUCUACGCUGGUGCCACGCUUCUCGCAAGAAGGCUCUGAUUUGAUUGGCGGUGAAAUUGAUGGUCAAGAAAUACUCUCACCGGGCACGUAUCGCGUAACGAACGACAUCAAUAUACGUCCCGGAGGCAAGCUAACGCUGCAACCCGGUGUUACGCUCAAAUUUGAACCCAGCGUCGGCAUGAUGGUCGCAGGUAAAUUAGAGGCGCGCGGUCGUCGCCCAGAUGAUAUAUUCUUUACGUUGAAGCGUGAGACUGUUAUCGCUAUGGAUAAUUCGACUGACAUGGAGCAAUUAGAUGUUGACAUUAUCGAUGUGGAGACCGAGUCGAUCAUAGAGAAGAAUGAGCCACCGCGUGUGCCGGUACGGCUCGUUGGAGGAGCUGGUGAUUACGAAGGACGUUUGCAGGUCUACUUAGAUGGACGUUGGGGCACAGUCUGCGACUACGGUUGGACAGUGUUAAAUGCGGCGCUUGUGUGUCAUCAUCUCGGUUAUACACUCAAUCCGCGUGACUGGCGACUACACCGCUCACAAAUGCCUACAGUGGGUGUGACUGAGGAUGUGAUUGCAUCGAAUGUGCAUUGCACCGAACAUGAUCUCGAUAUAACCAAGUGUCGCGCAGAGUACUCAACACGUGGUGAGUUCGAGAACUCAUGCACACAUGAAAACGAUGUAGGUAUGCGUUGUUAUGAGGGCGCUUGGGCCGGUGUACGCUUCAGCAUGUUAGCCGAACGCGCUGACCUACAGUACCUAACUAUUGAGAAGGCAGGGCUCUUCGAUUACACCACGAAUAUCUUCAAGCCCGCAAUACAAAUGGACUUUGCGCGACACAAUCUGGAGAAUGUGCGUGUGGUGGAUAAUCUGCAAGACGGUCUGGGUGUUGUAUAUGCAGAUCUUUAUGGUGGCAAGUCGGUGAAUAACAUUAAGAAUUGUGAAUUCAUAGGCAAUCGUGGUAAUGGCAUCAGCCUGAAGCAGUUGGAUUUGCGGAUACAGGGUUCGAUUAUAAAGAACAAUCGCGAUAGUGGCAUCUCACAUGAUCCGGUCAUUUCGGCGAUCGAACAGAGUGAACUGGGUGGUUGGUUUAAAAUGGCUGUGGACUUCAACACCUUUGAGGCUGACUACGAUCCUUAUGUAUUGCCACGCGAUGAAGGUCAAAUUGACUUGGACACCUGGCAAAAUAAGUAUAUACGCACAGAGCCUGUACGUGGUGAGUCGAUAAGUCGCAAAAUUGUUGUGCGUUGCCCCGCCGGUUAUGUGCUGGGCAUACAAUUGCUCAACCCCGUACAAAACCUCUCCACGGAGCAUAUCACAAUACUCGAUUCGCAAACAGAGAACAGGCGUUCCUCUUUGUGGGUGCUCAAACGUGAUCUCAAUGUAUUUCCAACCACGAGCAGCAGUUACGGCAUUAUCAUUUACUACGAGAGCGGUACUAAUGCUUUGGGUGGCGCUGUACUGCGUCUCUCUACUGUCACGGCACCAGUGCAGAAUAUACGUAAUCGUGUCGUGAGCGGUCCUGUGCCUACGCUUAGCAUACGUUCUACUAAGAUACAGAAGAACUUUCGUGGCAUUGCCGCUUACUACUACAAUCGUUAUAUGGGCGAUAAUGGCGAGUAUUACCUACGUAAGGCGAAUGAGUCCAUCAAAAUUAUGAAUUCUGAAAUCAGUACGAACUUUCGAGAGGCUAUACUGGUGAAGUCGCCGUUCUGGGAUGUGCAGUACAGCAACAUCUCCGAGGUGACUAUACAUGUGAACAGCUCGAUGAUCACACAGAAUGGACAUGGCAUAAGACAGCUUUCGAAGGAUUUGCGUUCAUCGAAUAAUCUCUUCCAUUAUGUGGUACAAGAUACGACGGUCGAGGAUAAUGCUUUCGGUGGCUUCCAGGUCGCAUUGCCCUACGUUUGGCAGUACAAUGAGAAUUUCACGCACAGCGUCUACUUCGGUAAUAGCACUUGGCAGCGUAAUCGUAACUUUUUCAUCGACGUCAGUGGUCAUUACACGGUCUUUAACAUAACCUCAAAUGUAUUUUUGAACAAUCAAUGUCCGCGUAGUCUGAUAACACUCGACGGCAUGGAGAAACGCAUCAAGUUCGAUUAUAAUCGCAUCGAGAGUAACAAUGCUAAAUUUAUUAUGGAGCUGCGUGCUGACAGUCUGAGCGAGAUACUGGGUGAGGUGCCGGCACUGAUCGCCUACAAUACCAUAAAAGGUAAUAGCAUCGACUCAAUGGCGGGCAAUUUCCGUAGUGCGCCCAUGCGCAAUUAUCGCCCACGUAAAGUGCGUCCGCAGAAUCGUCUACCGAGCGCCGUCGUGCGUUUGGAUGGCAUACAAAAUGUGAAGCUGUAUCGUAACUUAAUCGCAGAGAAUCAAAUGGAUUACAAUCUGGUGGCAGGUGUACGUUCGGCACGUCUAAAUAACUACUUUUAUGCCACGGAGAAUUGGUGGGGCUCGAAGGAUGCCAAGUACAUCGAGUCGAAAAUAUUUGAUUUCGAUACGUGGAACGAUCACGCGGACGUCAUUUAUCAGCCAUUCCUCAUUGAGGACACUUUCGAUGGAAGUGUCUCACUGAUCGAUGAGCACGACGAAAUCAUUGAUCUCAACAAUUGGACGGGUGGUCGUAUUUACAAGGAUCUGUCAUUACCCAAACGUCUUGAGCCAUAUCGCAUACUCUCCGACAUCACUGUCAUGCCUGGAGCCACGCUUUCCAUACAACAUGGCGUACAACUCGAGUUCGAGCCAAAUGUAGGUAUAUUGGUACUGGGCACACUCUUGGCUACGGGUUAUCGUGAGUCAGAAAUUAUAAUGCGUCCCUUUGUGAAUGCCUCUCAUGAGUCGUACACAAUGUUAACGAAACGUGCCAUCGAAGAUCUGAGUCAGUCGCAGGCAUACGAUUCCAUCAGACUUUGCACAAGCGCACAGAAUUGCACGACAAAUCCGCAGCUCUCUUUUGGCGGCAUCAACGAAGGCUUUCUCGAGUAUUUCAACCAUACCACACUGCAAUGGGUACCGAUUUGUGAUAGCCGCUUCACCGAACGUAAUGCGCAGGUUGUUUGUCGUGAGCUCGGCUUUGAUCCGCUCAACGUUUAUUAUGGACACGAUCGACGCAUUGAGUAUCACACAAACUCACUGACACGUAUUUGGACCUGGGUGCAACCGCUGGAGUGUCGUGGCGAUGAGUUGCGUAUGGAGGAUUGCGCCGAACGCUUAAAUGGACAAGUUUAUGGACGUCGGCACGAAUGCCGUUGGGAUGAUGUGUUCGUAUUUGUAAGUUGCAACAGCGCGCCCGAAGAUCUCGUCUAUUGGGGUGGCAUACGUUUUGCCAAUUCCGACUUUGAAGAGAAUCAAUAUGGUCAUCGUUUUCAUGAUAGUCUCUCACAUGGACCGAUCAAUAAUAGGCAGAGUCAUUUGGAAUAUAUACGCAUUGAAAAUGCUGGCAUAUUGCAUAAUCAGAAAUCAGCCGCAAUACAAGCGAUACACAAGAAUCCGACAAUACGUUCGGUGACGAUCGUGAACUCCGCACACCACGGUGUUAACUAUAUAGCACCCAGUGGCACGAUGAACCUCAACUUCUUGAAUAUCAGCAAUGCUUUUGGCGCUGGCAUCAAUAUACUCUCGUUGACCGGUGAAGGUCGUGAAAGUGACGAGUCCAGCUUUACGCCACUUAAAGAUUUGGAUAUACCGUAUAAACUUUUCUCGCUCGUUGAUAUCUGUGAUCCACAAAAGGUGCUCACCGUGGAGGAACGUAUUUUAGUCUACUACAAGUACGAUAAUAACCCUGUGAACUGUGUCAAGAUAUUCACUUCACUAUAUCGUGCCAAACCGAUGGGCUUCCGUUUGCUGCAAUCGAAUUUAUUUAAUCACUCGAAGGAAUAUGGACGCACGGAUGUGAUAAAACUUUUCGAUGGCGAUAUAUAUAACGUAACUUCACGUUUUCUCGGCAAAAUCGAAUGGGACAGCGACAAUCAGCGUAAGUUCUUCAAGACCGAGAGUCCCACCUUGAGCUUACAGUUGAUUGCGAGUGGCGCGCCAGAAUAUCACGGUUUCAUUGCCGAAAUUGUAACGGUGCCGAUAUCUACUUUGGGACAAUUUCGCGAUGCUCAACAUAAUGUCACCUAUACCCACAUAUCGAACGCAGUGAAGGGUGCUGUCACUUAUUCGUCCGCCGGUGAGGUUACACCCACUCUUACGCUCACCUCGAAUCGCAUCCAGGGCAAUUGUCAUCAACUUUAUGGCAAUUUCUCCACUUGCAAGUCGGCGCUCAGCAUUGAUGUGCAGAAUAUGCAUUCGCUGUACUUUAUGAACAACUUGAUCAUGCAUAAUCAGGGCGGUCUGAGCAUACGCGCCGACUCACGCGGUUCAGCCACUUCGCUACGCGGUUUCAUACAUCACAAUCUUUUCUUUGGCAAUCGCAAUCGUCCAGCGUUGUAUGUCGAGGGUCGUCAGUCGUCACCGUAUCAAGAGAUCGAGUUAUAUCGUAAUUAUUUUGCUCAGAACAAGGCCGGUUUCGAAGAUGUCAUCAAGCUGCGUCAAGUUGUCUCGAACUUCAGUUACAAUUUCGUACAUAGCAAUGUUGGUGGACGAAUUGUCGAGAUAUCGGGCUUUGAGAAAGUGCGUUUGCCCAUCUAUCAGACCACAUCGCAUAAUGGUUUUUAUAGCAAUGUUGCCACAAACUGGAUGGGUCGCGCUACAGUUGUCGCCGGCACUGCAGGUCAGCAGUAUGUCGACAAUAUAUUUGAGAAUCCCGAAAACGAUUACGAAAUGAUUACCGUUAAUAACUCAAUUUUGAAUGUUGAUUAUGUGAUCAAUAGCACCAUUGAACUAUGGCGCUCAAAGAUCGAUGCUAGACACAACUAUUGGAGCUAUAAUAACACGAUAUCGGUGCAGUCGCGCAUACGCGAUAAAUCAGAUGAUCCUCUGCUACUCGAGGUGCAAGCGGUGCCAUUCCAAAUGAACAAUCUCACCAUACUCGAUGGCAAGUGCCCGCCCGGUUGGUCGUUAGUGCAUGAUACUUGCUUCAUUUAUGUGGGCGCUCCUUUGACCUUCCAUGAGGCACGCGCUUUCUGCCGUAGCGAGAACUCGACAAUGCCUUUCAUACGUACCGACAGCGCGACGUUGUGGAGAUAUUUACAAGGGCAAAUGAGGCACUUGAAAUACCCCGAAAAGGUGUGGAUACAAGAUUUCGAUCACAUCGAUCGUUGCACGAGCUUCGCCUUCACCACCACCGAGGUUGAGGAUUGCAGCAAUGAGAUGGGCUUCAUUUGCGAAACAGAUCCAAGGGUCAUUAUCGAUCCGCUCUCUUGGCGCGCUGAUAUCUUCGCGAUCAGCAUCAUUUCGGCUUUCAUUUUGGCCAUAAUAUUACUGAUUUUGGUCGCCAUCUGUUGGUAUGCCAAGUCGAAGCAUCGUCACGUGCAACGUUUACAGCGCAGAAAUAGUAUACGGCAGAGCUUACGUAGCUUGAAUAGCAUUGAUCCGCAGGGAUCGCUGCGUCGUCGAAACUUUAAUAUGUCCACAUCGACGGGCACGCUUUCUAAACAACUGGGGCAAGACUAUAAAAUGAUGGGCAACGGCUCCAUCGAUUCAAUGGACAAAAGUGUUCUCAGCUCUGACGGCAGCUUCGAACCGUAUGAGAAUCAAACGGCGCAUCCCAGCGAAUAUCAAAAACCGAACUACAAUGAAUAUGUGAGCCACGCAUUGAAGGGCGCUAAUAAAUCAAAUGAACCAUAUAAAGUGGCGACAAUUGGCUCGAUUUCGAAAGCAUCCACAGCGCGUGGCCGUCCACGACCAACCGACACAUUCGAGCUUUCCUACCGCAACGAAGGUUUCCGCGACAAUUCUACUUACGCCAGCACGCUGAACAACUCGGUGGCCACUAGCAUUGCCGAAGACACGCCCAUCAUACACCAGACCGAUGUGGAGGAUGGCAACUCGGAUUACUACGGCAAUGCCAGUACAUUACCUCUGCAUAGUGGCGGUAAUGAGAGUCUCUCAUUCCUGCAUGAGCUCAAACAGAAUCUACCACCGCCCGCCUACAAUAAACCGAAGGCGCAGGGACACAGUAGUUUUCUACCCAGCGGCAGUGGGCAUGGUAAUGGCAAAAUGCGUCCCACCAGCAGCUCACAGCUGAGCAAUGACUCUCAUAUGAGUACGUUGCCGUAUGAGCAAAAAAUUGAUAAUUUAAAUUUCACACCCACCCCACAAAAGGCGGAGGAAAUGCCUUUGUAUCGGCAUGAAACCGCCGCGAUCAGCGGACUGCCCACACCGCCACCCGACAUGCGUCGCCCCGAUUCCUACUACACCGCGGUGCGUAGCAGUAAAGCACAACCGCAGUUGUCGCGUAUGGCAGCGGCGCCGCACACUACGAGAGCGCUGGUGUCGGCGCAACAGCCGAGUGCUACGACACAGCCAUUGGCUGGGAAGAGCUCGGUGCAGGGUCACAAUCAAAACGGCAAACGUCCAAAGACUGUUUAUCAAACUGCCAGUCCGGAGCCGACGGCAUACCAUCGUUCCCGAUCCGAGGCGCUGUUAGAGACAGAUUUCGACGAUGAGUCGCCGAGCAUGGUGCCGCUCAGUACGAAUAGUCGCAGCUACAGUCAGCCACUGGAGACGGCUAUGUAGACUUAGUGCAAUGCGAGACAGUGAAGUAAUACGAGGAGGCGACGAAAUCGAACGAAGUUUAGCAUAUAGUGUAAUAAGUAACGCAUCAUCACAAAACACAAACGAUAGAAUCACACAUGACGCACCUCUUUUUUACCGUUACAUUAAUUUAUUAUAAGUAAUAUAUGCAGCUACUUUUUAAGCGCUUGAGAAACAAACUAAAUAUUAAUAUCUUUUAUAGCAUAAAUGUUAUAUGUAUUAAGCCUUUCGAUCUGCCUUAAUGCUACCUUAGCUAGCCGAUGUACUGUUAAGCGAGUAAAUAUAGUAAGAUG